AUGACCGCCAAAGUAAAGAGGGUCUUCAGCCCACCGAACUCUUUGGCAGAGAGACUGGCCGAGCCUCUUCUCGACCCUGCCAUACCUCGCAAGCUCCCGGAGUCACCCCCUUCCCUCGCAGCUCAGCUGCCUUUGAACUGGUCAGCCGCUUACACAAGAAUGCCUAUGGAUAGCAACGGGGAGAGCCAUCGUGAUGGCGGCAUUACCUUUGCGGCUCAGGACAAGCUUCCCAAGCUUCCUAUUCCUAACCUCUCUAGUACUUGCGACAAGUACCUAGAAGCUUUGCGGCCGCUUCAGACGCCUAGGGAACGAGCAGAGACGGAACAUGCCAUAAGAGACUUUCUCUCAACUGAUGGGCCAGAGCUACAGGAGAAGCUACAAAGAUAUGCUCAGGGUAAAACGAGUUACAUCGAGCAAUUUUGGUACGAUUCAUACUUAAAUUUCGACAAUCCUGUGGUGCUCAACUUGAAUCCCUUCUUCCUUCUUGAAGAUGAUCCGACACCAGCACGCAACAACCAAGUCACCCGGGCCGCGUCCUUAGUGGUAUCAGCCCUCGAAUUCAUCCGAGCAGUUCGCAAGGAAGAACUUCCACCGGAUACAAUCAAAGGCAAACCCCUAUGCAUGUAUCAGUUCUCACGACUUUUUGGAACAGCCCGAGUCCCGACCGAGAAUGGGUGCCAAAUUGUCCAAGAUCCCGAGGCCAAACAUAUUAUUGUCAUUUGCCAUGGCCAGAUCUACUGGUUUGAUGUUCUUGAUGAUAACUCGGACGUGAUUAUGACAGAGAAGGACAUUGCCAUCAACUUGCAAACUAUCACGGAAGAUGCUGCACAAACUCCUAUCCAGGAGGCUGCCAAGGGUGCAUUGGGUGUGCUCAGCACAGAAAACCGCAAAACCUGGUCUGGUCUGAGAGACGUCCUGACAAAAGAUCACGGGUCAAACAAUGCCGACUGUCUGAAUAUCGUAGACUCGGCUUUGUUUGCCCUCUGUCUAGACUACACGGAACCUGCUGAUGUUGCUGCCCUGUGCCAGAACAUGCUCUGCGGUACUAGUGAAGUGAAGAAUGGCGUGCAGAUUGGCACUUGCACCAACCGCUGGUACGAUAAGUUGCAAAUUAUUGUGUGUAAAAAUGGAAGCGCCGGUAUCAACUUUGAACACACUGGAGUCGACGGUCACACAGUUCUACGAUUUGCUAGUGACGUAUAUACGGACACCAUUCUACGAUUUGCCCGCACCAUCAACGGGCAAGCUCCCACCCUUUGGACAUCAACCAGUCCCGAUCCCUCCAAACGAGACCCUGAAAGCUUUGGAGAUGUCAACACCACUCCCCGCAAGUUAGAGUGGGAUAUGAUUCCCGAGUUAAGCAUUGCAGUGCGCUUUGCCGAGACGAGGCUAGCAGAUCUCAUUGAACAGAACGAAUUCCAGUGCCUCGACUUCAGCUCUUACGGCAAAAACUUUAUUACCUCCAUGGGAUUCUCACCAGAUGCGUUUGUCCAAAUGGCCUUCCAGGCAGCCUACUACGGUCUCUACGGCCGCGUCGAGAGCACGUACGAACCAGCAAUGACAAAAUUCUAUCUCCACGGCCGUACGGAAGCAGUUCGCACUGUUUCUCAAGAUUCAGUCAACUUCGUACAGUCCUUCUGGGCAGAUAAUCCUAUCGAACAAAAAAUUGAAGCUUUGAAAAAGGCCUGCCAGAAACAUGUCAGUCGCACAAGAGAGUGCCUCAAGGCCGAGGGUUGCGAUCGCCACCUAUAUGCCCUCUUUUGUGUAUGGCAGAAAUUUGUCAAUGACGAAAUUGAGAGUGGUAUGAGCAGCAUUGGUCAAUCUAGCCCAACAGACGGCUAUUCACCUGUCGGGAGCCCCGGGGGAGAUUCGUCAGGAUCGAUGGAUCAAGUUGUCGAAGUCAAGCCCAACAGGGAGCGUGGCAAUAGCACAAACUCUAGAUCACGAGAUGCUCACCCGUUGCCUUUCAUUUUCGCCGAUGGCGGUUGGGACAAACUAAACACUACCGUUCUAUCAACUUCAAAUUGUGGCAAUCCUUCCCUUCGUCAAUUUGGCUUUGGUCCAACCUCUGGUGACGGAUUUGGAAUAGGAUACAUCAUCAAAGACGACAGCAUUUCUAUUUGUGUAUCCAGCAAGCACCGCCAGACGAAGCGCUUCGUCGACACCUUGGAAAGCUACCUUCUCGAAAUCAGACGCAUUCUGAGAAUUACCAAUCGCAAGAGCUCAACUGCAAAAUCCAGCCGCGCACGAGAAGCAGAGGCCUCUAGACCAAAGCAAAUGAGUAGACUCAAGUCGCGCGGGAGACUGAUUGCCACUGACAGUGCGGGAAGGGGUCCUUCCAGACCAGAAUCAACGAGUCAAACGGAGGAGAGUCCCAUUGUCAGCGAUGAUGACGAGUUGGGCGGAUACGGCUUCUUUGAUGCCGGCAUGUUAUUGCAAGCUUUGAAAGCGAGAGACAGGGCGGCAGAUCCGGUAGAGAGCGCUAAGGCUUCGGAGAGGGCGGCAGUGCAGGCAAGGAGGAGGGAUGUAGGUAAGAAGUUGAGAUUGACGACGGAGUAG